CGGCAGCGGAGCAGCGGUUGGUCGGUGUCUGCGCGCUGGUGUCUGAGGCCCAGGCUGAGGCCUCCGCGGUCGUCGGAGCGCAGGCGGCGGAGAGGAUGACUGCCGCUGCCGUUGUCUUCUGAGAUAGAGAGCCGCCACCACCCUGCCCCCUCCCGCGGCAGGGCGGAGAGGAGCGGCCAGAGUCUGAGCCAUGGUGCCUGGCGAGGAGAACCAACUGGUCCCGAAAGAGAAAAAUGUUUGCCUGUCAUGAUAGGAGAAAGUCCACCUCUGAACAUCAUAUUGGGAAACAAGGACUUAGAGAAAUGUAUUGCUAUCCAUCUUCUUAUGGAUAACUACAAGGAAGAACUGAACCCCAUCUUUGUUACCCCACCCAUCCAAGCUGUUGACCCAGGACCGGAAUAUCCAGCCACCAUCAGAUCCAUCCUUGUUGUUAUUAUCCACUUGAGGAUGUAUCAGCAUUUAUUCAGCCAGACCACUAGUAAAGUAUAUUUAGGGACUCCUGAGGAUUACCCACGAUUUUUUCAUAUGCAUCCUAGGACUGCAGAACUUAGCCUCUUGGAACCAGUAAACAGAGACUUCCACCAGAAAUUUGAUUUGGUUAUUAAGGAAAGAACCCUGUGGUAGCAGACAUCGGGGUCUGCCGAAGCCUGGAGAUCCUUUUUGCACCAGCCGAGCUCCGAGAACCUGAAUCCCUGGUAAGGCAACAUUUUCUCCUCAACAUCCCUCACGAUCACCUAAGCCUCCGCAGAAGCGCUGUCCAUGGCUGACCUGCCCAUGACUUGUCCCCGGCCCUGGGAUGAUGAAGCCUUGCCCUUUUGAAGGGAAUCUUCCAGUCAUCCUUCUCCUGAAGUAGUUUUCUGGAGGCACCUCCUCCCUCAGCAAGAUCUCACAGGCCUUGCUUCCCGAGGCCUCUCCUGACUCCUUGCUCUCUCUACUGGACAUCUCAAUUUCACUGAUCUGGAGGAGCUUCAUUUCUGACAACUCUUUGGCAGGCUCUCUCGAGGGGGACUUCCUGGAGCUCUCUCUCUCCUCACGAGGGACACAUGACGUGUUCAGGCUCUUACAUUGGUGCUGCAGUCCCAGGGGUCCUAGCUGCCUGUGGGGGCUCUGGCCACGGGAUCUUUGGCCGUGCAGCACCUCGGAAGUAGAUGUGUCUUCACUGGACCUGCUCUGGAAGCUAGACAGAGAUCCCUGAGAAGCCAAAAUGACAGCAGCGAGGAACAUGUUGGACUGACACUCUUGGAGACUCUCCAUUACACAGUCUUGAAGGAAGACCCCAGUUUCACAGUCUUGAAGGCGCACGGUGGGGGUGGCUUCACGAGGCCAGUUCUCUGACUCCAUCAACUUCUGGGGCUCCAAUCCCCUGCGCCUUGCCUCAAGGUGUGGCUCUUCGAGGUCUCAGGUGACCAACGUUGUACGUUGCAAGGGACUGUCACUUUUCCCUGCAGACUCUGAUCUUCUCUGCUUGCCACGGAGGCCUUAGUUGUUGGCCAGCACACAGGAUUCUAAGGUGACUACCACGCAGGCGCCUCCUUGAACUCCCCCACCUCCCCAGGCUCUUAUUUGGCACUCAAAUUCUGGGGCUCUAAGUUGAGCUCUAUCAUGGUCAUGUCCCGUGACGCCUGACCCCCAUUCACCCUCCUUAGCUCCUUUGUGACCAUUGCUGGACUUGGACUUGACUCCAAGUUUCUGUUCAUAAGAGUUUUAGAGACAGUCUCACUGUGCCAGAUUCUGCCCACAAAGCUGUAUGUGAAGGUCCGAGAAGGUGGCCUGGGCCCCUGUCCAGCUAGAGGGCCACCCCCAGGUGAGGUCCCUUCCAGAGCCUGCUGGAUUUCCUCACAUGUAGGCUGGGGAGCACCAAGGGGACCCCCCCCCAGGUGGGGUAAGACUCUUUCAUGACCUCUCCUUGAUAGGGCUGAGAAGGAUUUCCCACGAACUUGGUGCCCAAGCCAGCCUUGGGUAUGCAGGUGGCUGAGCGGAAAGGGAAGGACUGGGAGAGGAGGAAGACCUUCUUCAACUUGAAGAGGUUUAUAGUCUUGAGAACCUUGAGGGGGAGGCCACAACGGUGCUUCACCCUGAGCCUUUUGAUAUGUGCUUCUAGCAUCCGCUGAGUAUAUGGACUGAGGAUGGAAAAGUCGUGGGAGGGGCUCCCAGCACUUGGAAAGCACUGGCUUUCCAGGUUUCCCAUGAGGGCUUGGCUUUCCGGGAAGGUCCGAGGCCUGGUGGGCAUCAAGCCUGGAAGGAUAAACAACCAAAGGCAUCUGACCCUCUCUGAACUGCCCCAACUUCUUGAAAUGGGCUCUCAGGUCCUUCUCUAGGCGCUUCUCGUCUGUACUGCUUGUGGAGGGCUUCAUGUCUGUGUCUGACUCCCCAAGAUUUCUUCCUGGAGCCUUCUAUGGAGAGCUCGCUGAGCCCCUGUGUAGAUCUUUCCGAAUCCUCCCUGCACUGGACCUUGAAUCAUUGCCCAGUCUUUUUCCUGGCACGGUCCUUCCUGGGUACCUGGACUCAGUCUUGUGUGUGGCCUGGCAGCUUCCAUUCGAAGACUCAGACUCGGCCUUGGGACUGUGCCAGUUGUGUGCCUGGGGCACCUUCUGGAACUCUUGGUGAGGCUGUAUCUCUAGGGAUAGCUGGAUCCUGCAGGACGGGCCCCUUCCUUGCUUCAUGAGCCUCUUCCAAAGGUGCCAAUCCGGUUGCUCCUAGAGCUCAGAGUCGAUCAAUUCUCCAGGAAGGACAGAGACUGACCCAUGGCCCUCGGGGGCCUGGCCACCCUGCGGAAGGUCAGGAGGAUCUUGGCUAAAGACUUGCUGAGAUCUUUUCAUCACAGGGGAUACCUUGGCCCUUUCUGGUUGCUUCUCCAGAAAGUGACAUUCAAGGUUUUCAAAAGUAGUUGGCGUGUAAGAUGGUGUCUUCUGGGCUACAGGGCAAGACACCUCAUACCUCCCCAUCUCAGGUGGCAGAGACAAGCUUCCAACUGGGACAGAGGGUGUAAGGCCUGCCUGCAUCUGGGGCUCAGUUAGAGGUGGGAGCUGGGACUGAUCCAGAGGGAGGGGCUUGGGCUGAGUCAGAGGGAGGGGCUGGGGCAGGGGCUG